AUGGCUGUCAAGAUCGACAUGAGUAAGGCGUAUGAUAGACUCGAAUGGGGCUUUAUCACGACUGUCCUAGAACGAAUGGGUUUUCACCCUAAGUGGAUUAACUGGGUGCUACAAUGCAUAUCUACUGUCUCCUACACUUACCUUAUCAAUGGAGCGGCCCAAGGACAUGUCGUUCCACAACGCGGCAUCAGACAAGGAGACCCCCUUUCCCCGUUUAUCUUCAUCCUCUGUGGAGAAGUGCUUUCUGGACUCUGCAAAAAUGCACUAAUUAAUGGGACUUUAGCGGGAGUAAGAGUCUCAAGAGGAAGCCCAAGGUUGAAUCACCUUCUCUUUGCGGACGACACAAUGUUUUUUUGCAAGACAAACCCGAAAAGCUGUGAAACUCUCCACCAAAUCCUCAGGAAAUACGAAGAAGCCUCGGGACAGAUGAUCAAUCUCCAGAAAUCCUCAAUCACCUUCUCUAAGAAAACCCCACAAGACAUAAGAGAAAGAGUCAAAACAACGCUUGGCAUAACAAAAGAAGGAGGACAAGGAAAAUACCUAGGUUUACCUGAAAGUUUCGGGCGCAAAAAGAAGAACCUUUUCACCAUGAUCGUCGACCGUAUCCGGCAACGCUCAAUCAGCUACUCCUCGCGACUCCUCUCAAGCGCAGGGAAGUUGACAAUGAUAAAGUCUGUCCUUGCAUCCAUUCCCACCUACACUAUGUCUUGCUUCAAGCUCCCUACAGGCUUGUGCAAACGCAUCCAGUCAGCGUUAACUCGCUUCUGGUGGGACUCAAAACCAGGGAAAAACAAAAUGUGUUGGUUAUCUUGGGGGAAACUUACACAAUCUAAGAACCAGGGAGGUCUUGGCUUCCGAGAAAUCCAAGCUUUCAACGACUCCCUCUUAGCAAAAAUCAGCUGGCGACUUCUGACAGAGCUCUCAAGCCUCAUUAGCCGCGUUCUCAAAGGAAAAUACUGUAAAGACCAAGACUUCCUUCAAGUCCAAAUCACCUCAUCUACUUCGCACAGUUGGAGAGGUAUUCUCAUUGGCAGGGACCUAAUCCAGAGUAAACUAAGCAGAGCUAUAGGCAAUGGACAGGAAACCUCCCUCUGGAAUGACCCAUGGCUCUCCCUCGACAACCCUUCAUGUCCCAUAGGACCACCUCUUCUGCAAGACAAGGAUCUUACAGUCGCAUCAUUACUGAACCCGCAAACAGGAGAAUGGAACAAAGAAAGAAUCACUAACCUCCUACCACACCAUCUUUCUACCAUCCUGGAGCUAAAACCAAGCAAAAAAGGGGCCAUAGACUCCUACUUCUGGCUUCCAAUCAAAUCCGGAGCUUACUCGGUUAAAACGGGAUACUUUGCAGCCUUGGACCUGAAACCGGACCCUGCUUACAACCAACAACACCAACAUAUCAACUGGAUAUCCGAUGUUUGGCAAACAAAAACCUCUCCAAAAAUGAAGGUGUUCUUAUGGAAGACCAUCCAAGAAGCACUACCUGUUGGUGAAAACCUCCUAAACCGCGGUCUCUUGGAUACGGCUUGUUGCAUUCACUGUGGAGACCUCGAGACGACUGAUCACCUCUUCCUACACUGUGGCUUUGCAAAGGCAGUUUGGAACCUCGGCCCUUUCUCCACCAACGUGAACCCAACCCCUCUCAAACCUUUGCCACGACCCUCAAAUCCUCACACUCGUGGAUCUGCCUACCACCAACGGGAAUCAAUGCAGGACCGCUGUUCCCGUGGAUUUGUUGGGCCAUCUGGAAAACACGGAACCUCCUCAUCUUUGAAGAACGCCACACCUCCCCUGAAGAUACAAUUUCAAAAGCUAGAAACGAAGAUUUGUGGAACAGGAUGGCUUUUCAUCGAUUCCACCGGAAAAGAAACAAAACGCGGCAACUCGGCUGAACGGCAUGUCUCGUCACCGGUGAUAGCGGAAGCUCUAGCGCUCCGAUCAGCCCUCAAUCAAGCACUUGAAGACGGAAUCCCCAAUCUUCUCGUCCUUUCAGACGCUCAGGAUCUAAUCCGAGCUAUUAACUCGCAAGAGCAAAUCAAGUCGAUCUUCGGAAUCCUCUUUGAUAUCCAUGCUCUCGCUUCCUUGUUCGAUUCGAUCUCCUUUAGUUUCAUUCCUAGAUCGGAGAAUGUUAUCGCCGAUUCCACUGCAAAGCUUGCAAAGAGUCGUUUGAUUGACCUCUCUUCCCAACUGGGACCCACUUCUGUAUUCGAAACUUAA